AUGCACGAAGCGACAAAGGCCUUCCGCAACGCCGGGCCCGACGCCCCCAAGACGUUCAUCUUCACGGGAAACGCCCUCAACGCGACAACCUUGCCGGGGAUGCUGAACUUUGGGCUCGGAAAAGUCGUCCCCUCGUAUGCGAUUAGGCAUCUUGUCGAGCAAAACGCCUACAAGGAUGAUGGGAUCAAGUGA